AAUGCUGCUUGUGUAUCACAGGUGACAUUGCUCUGGGUCUUCAUAUGGAGGCUGUCGAGGACAAGUCUGUUGUCCAGGAUAAAGCUGCAUGUCUGGAUCUCCUGAGAGAACUGGCCACUCUGCCUGAGACCGAAGGUGAGAGGAGGGCCCACCUCUUCCACAAGCUUGUCACCAUGGUCCGCGGAAUGAAGACUGAGACCCUGAGCCCUGCUAUUCCUGAGGCUCUUGCAGUGUCCCGUGUUCUGACCUACCAGGUUCUGGCCCAGUGUGGAACCCCUGAGUGCAGCAGUGCCAUCAUGCAGAUCCUCAGGACCUUUGACAGCUCGUCACUUGAGGUUGAUGCCGCUGUUUUUGCUAUGGGACUUGUGUCCAAUCCCUCUGCCCUACUGAUCAAUGACAUGCUUGAGAUGGCCAAAUACAAGAUCAGCAAGCCCAUCAUGUAUGCCCUGAGCAAUGUUGUCAAGAGGUUUUACAAAACUGAAGGAAAACUGAUCCCUGAGAUUUACUCUGUUGCUGAGUUCAUGGCAGCCCAGUUGGGUGACUGUUCUGGUCACAAAGACAACACUUUUAUGACAUUGAGGGUUAUUGGAAACAUGGCCCCAGCUGUUGUGCCUGCUAGUCCUGCACUCAGAGCUGCAGUGAUCCAAUGUGUGAACCAACCUGCAGCUUCCCUUGCUGUGCAGCAGGCUGCCAUCCAAGUAUACAGGCUGACUCCCGUCCCUGAAGAGGGCAGAGAGGUUCUCAUGCAGGUACUCUUGGACAGCGCUAGCCCCAUGCAAAAGCGUAUUGCUGCAUAUCUGGUACUUAUGAAGGACCCCCAGCCAAGUGAACUGGCUCAGCUGACCAAUGCCUUGCCCACUGAGCAGGAUAAACAAGUCAUGAGCUUUGUGAUCUCCCACAUUACCAACAUCUUGUCUUCAACUGAGCCCAAGACCCAAGAACUGAGGCAGAAGAUUCGUGAUGCCCUGCAGGGUAAUGAGAUUGGUCCCAUCAUGGACCCCACCAAGUUCUCUCGCAACUACAAGAUCGGAUCUAUGGAGGGCAACAUGAUCUUUGAGGGUACCAGUUACCUGCCCAAGGAAGUCAUGCUUGAAAUGACUCUUAAGGCAUUUGGCUAUGACAUUGACAUAAUGGAGGUCGGUAUGGAGGGCAAAGGAUUUGAACCAACUGUUGAUGCCCUGUUUGGAGAGAAUGGAUUCUUCCCUGACACUGCCCUCAAGACAAUGUACUUUGUUGCUGACAACAUGCCACUCAGAGUCAAUGAGAUCCUGCAGAACAUGCUGCCAGCUAUGAAGAAGUACAAGAUGGAGAGACAGGCUUCCCAGAACCUUAUGAGGGAAAUCGGACGCAACCUCAACAAACUGGUAACAGAACUGAAGAGCACACAGUCUCCAGAGGCAAUGGUGUAUAUGAGACUCUUAGGAAAUGAGCUUGGAUAUCUGAGGACCAAUGAAAUGGAGGAGAUGGCUUAUUCUGCUGCUAUGAUGAUUGACAGCAUGUUCAAGAUGUUCCCUACAGAUCUAAUGAAGGAACUGAUGACUAAGGCUGACAAUACGAUCUUUGCCCACUACAUCUUCAUGGAUAAUGAAUUCUUUCUGCCUACUGUCACUGGUGUGCCUCUGAGGAUUGCAUUGUCUGGUACAUUCACCCCUGGUAUCAAGGGUGGACUUAAGAUUGCUCGUGACAUGAGCGAAGUUGCCUUCAUGCCCUCUGCUGGCAUUGAGUUUGCAACUCAGGUUGGCUCCCACAUCCCUGAAUAUGUCAAUUCUGGAUUAGAGAUACACACCAACAUUUUCCAUGAGAGUGGGCUCAGUGCCAAGAUCUCCAUGGAACGUGACCAAGUCAAGCUGACCAUCCCUGCUCCAAAGAGCUCUACCAAGCUCAUCAAAAUGACAAAUACCCUGGUGGCAGUGACUGGAUCAGAGGUGCGGACCAUCCCCCCUAUGCUGAAGGAUGAGGUUGACGUUAGUGAGUGCACUCCCUUCUUCACUGGAAUGAAAUACUGCACUGCUCUGAAGUACACUGAUGCUUUCUCUCAAGAGACAGCCCCCUACUUCCCCUUCACCGGAGACAGCAAAUUUGCUGUGGAGCUCCACCCUACUGGUGAAGUCACUGAGUACACAGCCACUGUUGCCUAUGAGCUCCUCAGGGAAGGAGAAGAAGGCAGGCAGAAGGUUGACUCUGUGAAGUUUGUUCUGAGGGCUGAAGGUGCAGAACCCACAGAAGCCAGAGCAAUCAUGAAAUAUAACAGAAGGAAGAAUGUCAUCACAGCCGACUUCCAGAUCCCUGACUAUGAUGUGGAGGCUGGAUUCAGACUGGGCAUUGUUGAUCGAAACACCAAGGGCAAAGGAACUCACUCCAUCUCUCUUGACCUUAUUAACAAGAACAUCCCUCAGCUCUCCCUGGUUGGCCGUGCCAAUCUGAAGGCCAUGAGGGAAGGUAUGCUGCAAGUCCAACUUCUGGUCCCCUCAAUCAACACUGAUGCCACUGUCACAGCUAACCUGAAGCGUGAAGAAGAAUUGGAAUUGCAGCUUAAGAGUGAAAUCAAGGUCAUGGAUGCCACAUCUGAGCAGAAAAUUGCAAUGAAAUAUGAUGGCCUCAAGGUUGAGGUUCAGUUCAAGUCUGAUGUGAAUGCUGAGACAACCAUCUUGCCAAAUGCUGUUAUGUUUAAGAAGUACGGCAACCAACUUCUUGAUGCACCGGUGGGGCAGACUGACAUGAAAGUCCGUCACAUCUUUAAGGAGUUUGUGGAGGCGGCAAACAACUACAUGGACAGGUAUGGUGCUGAUAUCCCUUACAUUCAGAACUUCAGAGUACCUGAUAUGCCUGAGAUUUCCCUGCCAGAGACACUGUUCCUGAAUGCUGAGACAAAGGCUGUCUACUACUUCAACAAUGAGCGCUUCACCAUUACUAUCCCUCUCCCUCUUGGAGGAAAGUCAACAGAAGAGCUCAACUUCCCACCCGCUUUGACCACACCUUAUGUGACUCUACCCCAGUUUGGACUGGAGAUCAUGUCCAUAGAGAUUCCAAUCCCAGAGCUUUUUGUCCCUGAGAGCCUUACUCUGUCUGUUCCUCUUUUUGGCAAAGCUGAGGUUUCAACAUUGAUGAAAAGCAACCUAUACGACAUGGAGGCCUCAAUGGCUGCCGGCAAAGAUGUUGCGGAAAUACCUAGCUACUCAGCUAAGUUUAAUGUGAAAGGAACCUCCCCACUUGACAUCCUCACAGUUAAGAUUGAAGGCUCUGGAAUGUUGGCCACCGCUGAAUCCAUCAAGGCCCACUUGAAAAGCUCUUUGGCCCAUAAAUUUAUUGAAGCCAGUAUUAGUAUUGUUGAAGAUGCAACCAUCACUGACAAAAUCAAUUUGAGAUCAAGCAGCAAAAUUGAAGCCACAAGCCCUUUUGGUCUCAAUAUUGCACUGGAGCACACUAGUAUGGCUGGAGUCAACACUGAAGAAAUCUCUGCCGACAGCAACUUUGAGGGAAUGUUCAACGCUGGACCCCUCUAUGGCAAGACCAUUUCAACCCAGUCAUUUACCAUCCUCCCAUUCAGGCCAGAAGCAAAGAUCGAUUCUUCUGUUCAGUUUGACUCUACAAUUGUUAAGGCCCAGAACACAAUUGCAGCAACCCUUGUCAAUGGCGAAUUCUCAGUUGUGUUCAACACCAAUGCCUUUGAAGACACCUUGACCCAUGUUGUUGACCUUUCCUUCAAAGACAGCAAGCUCUCACUGAAAUGUGAUGCUAAUGCCCUUGCUCUUGGUAUGAAGAUCCACAACCAGGCUGAAGCCUCUGCUGGUGCUAGCGAAGUUGUCCUGAGAAUGGAGACAAAUGCAGACCAUUCUGAAAACCGUGUUUACUCUCUGCUGACUGCCUCUCUUGAUGUCAAUGGUCUGGCUGUAAACAGUGAUGCCACUGUGAAGCUCCUUGAGAAUGAGGGUACUCACAAGAUAACUCUGAGAAUGAACAAGGAUGGUUUGACCACAAGUGGAACAACCACCCUCCAGAGCCCCCUGUCCCUGGAAAACACCUUCAGUGCUGGGCUUGAUGCUUCAAGAGCUACUCUAUCCAUUACCAACAAGGUUGCAAUGCGUGACAUCAAGGUUGAUAAUGCCAACACUCUGAUCAUUACUCUCUCUAGCCUUGACUUUAACUCAAAGGCUGAAGCCACCGUUAGUGAAUAUGCUUCUUACACUCAUGAUAUCACCAUCGACCUGAAACCCUACACUGCUUCUGCAAAUGUUAAUAAUAACCUGAAACUUCUGGCUGCCAAUUUCAUGAAUGAGGCUCAGCUGCAGGCAGAGCUUUACAAGAUGGACCUGACUGGAAGCAUGAAAGCCACUUAUGAGGAGGAAGAGAUCAAGCACACCUAUCAGGUUAACUAUGCUGAUAUGACUGCCAACGCAAAGUGCAGCACCACUGGAAAACUCUUUGGAACGCAUAUGAACCACAACACUGAGCUUGAAAUUAUUGGUCUUGCUGCCAGGAUCACCAAUGAUGCCCGCUUCAACUCACAGCCAAUGCGCUUUGACCACACCAUCCGUUGCAGCAUUGUUCCCUUUGAUUUCAACCUUGAUGCCAUCUUCAAUGCUGAUGGAGACGUGACCAUGUAUGGAAAGCACAGUGCCCAGCUCUAUGGCAAGUUCCUCCUCAAAGCACAACCCCUGGCUCUUGCUAGCUCACAUGAAUGCAGGGCAUCUGUGACCCAGCAGUUUGAUAAUGGUUUUUCCCUUGAGACAGUGAUUGACAACAACUGGGAUACUGUUCUGUCACUCCAAGAGCAGAAGACCAAUUUUAGAAUGAAGUCUAAAAUGAAUAAGCACAUCUUCAGUCAAGACACGAGUGUUUACAACACUGCUGAAAGAACUGGAAUGGAAAUUUCUGGCACCAUCCUCACAAACAUUGUCAACAAAGACUCGAGAGAGAACCAAGAAUUCACCAUCUCUGGCUUUCUCAAAUAUGACAAGAGUACAAGUAGUCAUAUAAUUCAGUUCCCUCUAAUUGAAGAUCUUUCCGUUGUUUUAGAAAGCAUCAAGGUUUGUGUUGUACAGUUUGCAGAGGCACUGCACGAUUACAUUAACAAUGCAGAGAUAAGGGCUAAGCUUGAGGCUCUUCCUCAAUAUGUAGGCGACUUUGUUGCUCAAUUGAAUAUAGAAGGCAAACUCAUCCAGCUGAAACAGCACUUAAAUGAUUUUAGCCAAAAGUAUGUCAUCUCCAUAGAUGAUGUAGAGGCCUCUUUGAGGAAUCUGAAGGUUUCUGUUGAGAAACUGCUGGCUGAUCUGACUGUUUACAUCCAACACUUUGCUGGUAUGAUGAAGGACAUUUUUGUUAGCGGCAACCUCCCUGAGACCUUAAUUCAGAAUAUCCAGCAGCAGCUGAAUGUCAUAAAUGAGGAGUAUGGUAUCAAGUCUAGGGUUCUGUCUGUGAUUGAUACCAUAAGGGAGAUGAUAGGGCAGAUUGACCUGGAAAAGCUGAAGGGCAGCAGCAUUGCAUUCCUGUAUGAUAUCGAUGCAAAGUAUGAAAUCAGAGCUAAACUACAGACAAUAAUGAGUGGUUUGAAACAAAUAAUUGAAAACUUUGACAUGCAGAAAUUUGCUGCAGAGCUGAAAAGGUACAUUUCAUCCAUCAAUGUCAAAGCUCACAUCGAGGAAAUAAUGAGUCAUAUUCCCACAGAGAUUUUCAGUGAGAUGACAGAUUAUGUUAGGGAACUGGUGCAGGAUUUUGACAUUGUUGGUAGAAUCAACACAUUUGAUGCCAAGAUGAGAAUGUUGAUUGUACAGUUUGAGGUUGACAAGAAGGUUCAAACCAUCCUGGAAAAAGUUGUAGAGCUCAUCAAGCAAUUCCGAAUUGAGGAAACCAUCAGGGCUGUAGCCAAAUUAGUGAAGGACACAGACAUCCCCACCAAAUUCACGAAAGCCUUCCAGGGUGCUAUCAACUACAUGAAAGCAACUGAGAUUAGGGAAAUAAUUACACAGCUGAAUGUAUAUCUUGGCAUUAUUGAACAGAAACUGAAUUCAUUUGAUUACAAUGACUUUUUGGAUUAUACCAAUCAAAUGGUCGCUAAUGUGAAUGAACUCAUCAGGUCUCUUGAAAUCCCCCAGAAACUUGAGGCAACAAGAGAUUUUGCCAACUUUGUCUUUUCCUCUAUUAGGGGAUCUUUGGAACAACUGAGAGAAAUCAAAAUUGCAGAAAUUAUGAAAACUGUGAAGGAUAUUAUUGACAAUGUCAUGUUUAAUAAUCUAAAGGGAUUGGUUGAAAAUAUAAAGCAGGAAAUUACAAAACUGGAUUUGAGCGCUGAAAUGACCUCUUAUCUGCAGUUGGUAAGCAAGUCCUAUACUAAGUUCAUAAUCAUCAUCACUGAUAUAUUUACCAAUAUGGUUGAGAUGAUAAAGAGGGUCACACCAGAGCAAAAGAUCAUCAGUGAGAUUCAGCAGAUCAUUGACGGGCUCAUUACUGGGCUGAAAAAAACUGAGUUGAACACACCAUCAUUCACCAUCCUCCUCACUGAUCUUGUUGUGCCUCCCAUGAGGAUCAGCAUCGAUAAGCUUCAACAGUUUGAAAUCCCAACACAGCUGGACAUCCCUGAGUUCACCAUCUUAGGCUUCCAUACAGUGCAAGCCAGUACCAUCUCAACUGAUGACAUUAAACAGAGAAUCAUUGACUUAAUUGAUUUAAUUCUCAACAUUGAGGUGAAACUGUUUGAGAUUGGUGCUUCAUUUGGGGACCUGACUAUGACCUACCUUCCUGCCCUGCCUGAGUUUUCACUUCCUGAGAUUACUGUACGUGAGUUCUCUUUCCCCACUCUGCCUCCUUUUCCAGCAGAGAAACUCGUUAAGACUCUCCAACUCCCAACAUUUAAUAUGCCAGUCAUUCCUAGUGAGAUCAGGAUUCCAGGAUUUGGUAAACUGAGUUUUGAGAUAAAAGUCAACUCCCCCAUCUACACUAUUAGGAAUGCUGCUGAGGUCCAGCGUUCUCUUGAUGUGGAUGAUACUUCACAGCUGACAGCUUUUCUGACUUCUCAAGGGACAUCUCUCAGCUUUGAAAGCCUUAACUUCAACCUGGAUUCCACUGCUCGCAUUGCUGUUCCCACGGGGGGUCGUGUGAUUGCUGCUGAAACCUUUAAAUUCACCCAUGCUUUCCUUGCAGUGGACCACCAUGUAUCUGUGACAUUCUAUGACUUUUCAGCCCAGGCCUCAGCCAAGACCAUAGUAAAGGCCACCACAGCAGCUUACAAUGCUGAGCUUUUAAAUGAAGCUUUCUUAGCUACCCAGGGUGGUUUAUCUACCACAAUUGACACUUCCUAUAAACAUGCGCUCAACCUCCCCGCCAUUGCCCUCACUGGUGAGACAUCUGUGACUCAAAAAGUAAUGGCCCGCCAGGAAGGUACUACUAUUACAAUAACUGUUGGAAAUCAGGGCACUACCACCUUCAACUCUCAUGACAGCACCCACAAGAGUGAUCUGCAAGUCAUGGUCAAUCCGAGUACAGUCAAGUUUACUUUCAUUAGCGACACUGAUACAUUCCUUCUGAAGAUGAAACAGACCUUGAGUGCUGACUUUGUCAUCUUCAGCUAUUUUAAGUUUGAUGUUCGCUCUGAAGCAGAAGGUCCUGCCAUCAAAAACAGCCUUCUAGUGGGAUCGAUAAAUGCCAACCUUCAAGACAUGAAGCUUGAGUUGAGGGCAACCCAUAGCACAGAUUUAAUUGGUAUUGUUAAUGGAGUCCUCUACAAUACAAUCAAUAUUGCUGUUUGUCCCACUGAGGUUGUGUUCAGCUUUCAGAAUAAGGGAAACACCAAGUUCAAUUUCAAUGAUGCUUUUACUGCCAAAAUGGAUCUGCAGAAUGAUUACUCUGCAACCUUCAGGCCCGACAUACAACAUAUGAACACUGUAGCUCUGGCCCGUCUCAAUCAGCACAAACUGUUCUUGAACUUCACUGUAGAGAACAAUGAGAGAGAGGCUGCCAUCAUUACUGCUGUAGAAGGAGCUGCAAACCUUGAUUUCCUGACCAGGCCCAUCAGCAUUCCUGAGAUUGAUAUUCCAUUUGUUGACUUCCAUACCCCGGCCAUUAGUGAACUUGAUUUGUAUGACCAAACUGGGCUGAAAAACAUUUUGACUACCACUGAACAAACUGUUGAUGUGGAUGCUAAGAUUGUUUACCAAAAAAACCAAGCUGCCCCCCUUGUUGAUAUAAUGGGUCUGAUCAACAUUCCCCCUAUGGGUAACCUGAUCACAGAACUGUCUUUCAAGUCUGCUAUCAUUAAUCUAAAUGUCAAUGCUGGACUGUAUGCUGAGGAUGAUCUUGUAUUCCGUAUGGGAGCUACCACCACCUCUGUAUUUGAGGGCCUUAAAGCCAAACUUGAUGGUACCACCAGUCUGACCACCAAGAGAGGAAUCAAAUUGGCCAAUUCCCUGUCCCUGGAAAAUAGUCACAUUGAAGGCACUCAUGACAGCACAGUCAGUACGAGCACUGAAACUUUUGAAACUGCCGUCUCUGUGACUACUGUGGCAAAGAUUGCCCUGCCCAUACUCAACCUGGAAGCAAACCAAAAUCUGGUUGCAGACACCAAAACCAAAGCAAAUGCUAUCUCCACCAUGAGAAUGAGGGGUGAUUUCAACAUCCCUGUUAUCAAUGCUAUUGGAAAGGCAGAGGCAGACCACAGUUUGAAGCUGGAGGGAACCUUUGAGGAUGUUUCCAUGGAGUCAUCCACUAAGGCAAACAUGGAUGGCACAGUGCUUGAAGACUAUCUAGUUUUGGGAAUCCUGGAUAAUGAGGUUAAUCUGUACCUGAAUAAUGACGGUCUACGCUCCACCUCCAAGAUCAUUGCUGAUGCCAAACUUAACCAUGCCACCACCAAAGUCAUCAGCAUGGAUAUAAAUGAGAAUCUUGCUGUUGAAGCCUCCAUGAGCCGUGUAUAUGCAGUGCUGAAGUAUACUGGCAACAACGAAGCAAACCUGUUCAAUUUCAACACCAAGGGGAAGCAUGUGGCCCAGGCUACCAUUGAUCUUGCACCAACAUCCUUGACUGCUAAUAUUGAGAUUGAUAUGUCUCAGCCAAGCGAUCUGGGUGAUCUCACCUUCUAUGAGAAAACUGUUGCUGAAGUGACAGCUGCCAAGCAGAAGAUCUCUAUCAAUACCAAGUUUGUCAGCCAACUGUACACCACAAACCUGGUAGCAGAAGUGGAGGGCAAUGCCCCUGUCUUCAAAGUCACCUAUAAGUCCUCUGCGACCUCUGCUCUCUACUUCUUGAAUUAUGACCUGGACUCUGCCAUUACCAUUAACUGUGAACAAGCUGGAGUAAGCCUGACUGGGACAGGGGUUUUCACCCAUGCUGAUCUGACCAUGGACAUUCAACAUGUUUUUUCCCAUACUUUGAGUGACUCCCGUGCCACCCUGAAUGUGGAUAUCACCAGCCCUUCCUUCACAGAUGUUAACUUGCGUUAUGCUGCCCGCAAAGAUGGAAUCAGUGCUACAAUUUCUAUCCCCUCUACUGGCUUCCUGGGUCUUCAGCUCCAUGGCAGGGUCCCAUCUCAGAUGAAUGCAAGGCUUUAUGGCCGUUAUGCUUCUGAUCCUGGGAAGGAUGUUGAUAUCUUUACCAUGAGAGCUUCUGCCAAGGAUGCUGAUAAAAUAAAUCUGAAGUUGUUCUUCAACAUGGAUGCCCCUGACAUCAUGCUUAGCGGACUACAGGAAAGGCUUCCUGCUGUCACCUCAUGCUUGUCUAGCUUUGCUGAGAAAUACCAGCUCUUCAGAUAUGCUGCUCAGCUGAAGAUUAUUAUUAUUGACUAUAUUGAGGAGGCCCACAAUAUUGCAAAGAACCAUAGCCCACAUCUGAGCCAGGUGUCUAUCCUCUUUAGAAACACUGUUGUUCAGUACCAGAAGACUGUUCAGGUCUUCCUAGAUGCUGCCAUCAAGGUGCUGAGGGAGACCCAGGUCAAACUGCCUGGCUCUGAAGAAAUGAUCUCUCUUAUUGAGGUGGUCAAUAAGAUGACUGUUAGCAUUACUACUAUGGUACAAAAGGCAAUCCACAUGGUGGCUGUUAAUGUUGAAUAUGCUUUCAAUGCUGUGUUUGACAUGAUCAGUAAAAUUCACGUCACAAUGCACAUUGGUGAUGUCAUGGCUGGAGCCAAAAUAAUAGACCAGAUUAGGGACAGGAUAAAGACAGUGUCUAAUUCUGUUGUGGAUCUUGGACACUUUGAGAGUGUAGACAUGGUUCUGGAGAACCUGGGUGACACCCUGAAAUUCUUUGUUGACAAAGCUCAGGACUUUGUUGACAACACCCUGAAGUCCGAUGUCCUUGAUGCCAUUGCUGUCUACAUGAAUGCUUUCUAUGACAAAUACAUAAACUUGAUGAAAACAAUCACCAAGUAUGCAAACAUAGCUGUAGACAUUGAGACUAUAAAUGGCGCCAUUAAUUACAUUCUGGAUAUUGUCAGAUCUGUAGUGAAUCAAUUUAACUACACCGUUACUGACCUUCUACAGCAGGCUCCUGCUCACUACAGGUCUUAUGUAAAAGUUCAGGGUAAAAGGCUUGAGAUUAAUCUUUGAUUCCACCUCCACUAGUAAAAUAGGAGAUCGAAAUGCUAGAGUAUUACCUAAACAUAAAGGUGUGAGUGUUCAAAACAUGUUUAUUUACAAAAUGUAUUUAAAAUGAAUAUAAAGCACCCUGUUCAGCUUUGUUUAAAAAUAGAUGGAAAAAGCAGUGGAUGAGUAACAAAGGUAUUACAUGUAACAACGGCACAUAUAAACCUGUAUAUCACAUAUGUGUUGCAAAUUUUCUG